UGCUAGAGAGGACGCAGGUUUAAGUCGCCCCCUGCUGGCUGCUGGAGAGGACGCAGGUUUAAGGCUCUUCAGCACUGGCUUCACUUUUCAGACCCGGAGGUUCCUGCUUGGCUCCGCUGCAGUGAAUGCAUGAUAUAAUACUUUAUAAAAAAUAUAUUUUCAGAUAUUUCACCAGUAUUUUCGGAUAUUUUGUUUAUUUUUGUCUGAUAUUUUACAUUAAGAUUUUUAUUUACCCAUUUUUGAUGGGUAUUGUUUAUAUGUUUAUCUAAUGUCCUGAUAAUAAUCCCACAGAGAUUUAUCACUUUAAUUUCAUACACACUAUAUUCUUCUGUACUUUUGAGGACCCUCGCUGACACAUAAACCAGAUUGUACCUCUGGGUUAAUACAAAUAAAAAGUAAAUAAAUGUCCAUAUGCUCUUUAUCUUAUUAUCUUCACCGUUAUUGGCCUGACGUUUACAGAAAUAUUAAUUUCCUCCCAUUAAGUUCAUUAUUGAUUUCCAUUGUAGGCCUAAGCAUUGAUUGGUAUUGAUUAAUCAGAGACAGGCCUGUGUGUAGGUUUGAGGUCAUUUUAAGGAAGAGGGAAACAAAAGUUUAACUUCAUCUUUAAAGCUUUUAUUUUUAAGUUUACAGGUUUGUGAAGAGGCUUCCUGUCUGUGAUUUAAAUAAAGUUGAAGUGCAGCUUUGUCUAAAUCACAGCAUCUCACUUGUUUGAACACCUGACUGUUGAACAGAAUCACGUGUUUCCGUGUGACGUGUCGGGGUUGCGGGUUUGAGUCCCGCAGGACCAAAGAUGUCACGCUAAUGUACAUUUCUGUAUUUAGGUUAUUUCUGUAUUUAGGUUGCUGACAGAGGCUGCACCGACGGACAGGGCGGCCGUCCAAUGGGAGCGCAGCUUGCCUCCCGUGCAGGGCUGUGGUUGGUCGGCACGGUGACAGAGGGGCGGGGCUGUGAGAUUACAGCAGCAUCUCUCUCUCUGCGGAUCCAGCGGACAUCUGGAACAGCCCUGUCCGGGAAUCAAACCUCCGAGCACCGAACACCGACGUCCCGCACCCACCCUGCCCGGCUCUCGCUGCCUGUUUCCCGGUGAGAACGCAGCCGCGCUCCGGUGUUGUUGUCGCGGCUCCGGGCUGCAUCUCCACCGGGAGGCUGCUGCGCUCCGGAGGGACGGACGCACCGUUUCUCCCGGUUAGAAACACGGAAAUACGAAUAAAACCCGGGAGGGUUGAUGGACUGAAGUGAUCCGACAUCUGAGAGGGUUUUAGGCCCGAUGGAAGCUGCGACAUAUGUGGACCUGGUGCGCCUGGAUCCCGGUUCCUGCCUGGUCUAAAGAGCCCUCUGUGUCACUGAGGAUUUAAUGAAUUUGUUUUGUUUGAGUUUUUCAGUUUCUCUGAUAAAAGGUCCUGAUUGAGAGUUUGCGGGUCCUCCUCCUCCUCCUCCUCCUGGUCUGGAUUAGAGCCCAUCAAGAUCAUGAAUCAUCCCCCCUCUGCUCCUCUAAUCUGGGUUUUACCGAGCUGGAUUUAAAGCUGAGAUCUGAUCUGGAUUACUCUGCUCCUGGUUCAGACCGGGUCACGCCAGUCCCGGUCCUGGUGUGAUCUUAAAACUGGUUCUUGGUCCUCUUGGUCCUGGUUUGGGGAGUUCUUCUGUUGCCAUGCCGACGUCCCGGCCUGGUUCGGAGCCGGUGGAGUUCUGGGUGGAUGGGUCGAGACGGGACGGGACGGUGGAGGAGUUCUACACCCUGAGCUCGGAGCUGGGCAGAGGAGCGACGUCCAUCGUGUAUCGCUGUGAGGAGAAACAGACUCAGAAGCCCUUCGCCCUCAAGGUCCUGAAGAAAACGAUCGACAAGAAAAUCGUUCGCACUGAAAUUGGCGUCCUGCUGCGUCUUUCCCACCCAAAUAUCAUCCAGCUGAAGGAGAUCUUUGAGACGGACACUGACAUCGCUCUGGUGCUGGAGCUGGUGACAGGAGGAGAGCUGUUCGACAGGAUCGUAGAGCGUGGUUACUACAGCGAGCGAGACGCCGCUCACGUCAUCAAACAGAUCCUGGAGGCCGUGGCGUAUCUACAUGAGAACGGCGUCGUGCAUCGUGACCUCAAACCAGAGAACCUGCUGUACGCCGACCUGUCGCUGGACGCCCCGCUGAAGAUCGCUGACUUUGGUCUUUCCAAAAUCGUCGAUGACCAGGUCACCAUGAAGACCGUCUGUGGUACACCAGGGUACUGCGCUCCUGAGAUCCUGCGGGGAAAUGCUUACGGCCCUGAGGUGGACAUGUGGUCAGUGGGCGUCAUCCUCUACAUCCUACUCUGUGGGUUCGAGCCCUUCUUUGACCCGAGGGGGGAUCAGUACAUGUACAGCCGUAUCCUCAACUGCGACUACGAGUUUGUGUCUCCGUGGUGGGACGAGGUCUCCCUCAAUGCCAAGGAUUUGGUCAGUAAGCUGAUCGUCCUCGACCCUCACAAGCGCCUCAGUGUCCGAGAGGCUCUGCACCACCCCUUGUUGGGCAAAGCCGCCCGCUUCUCCCACAUGGACACCACCCAGAGGAAACUACAGGAGUUCAACGCUCGACGCAAACUUAAGGCUGCCAUGAAGGCCGUCGUGGCCACCAGUCGGAUGCACGAGGGCUCGCGGCGUCGUACUGACAGCUGUGAGAUUCCAGGCUCGGGGACAUCCAGGCAGAGCAGCAUGCAGCAGGACCCACCCCCAGAGUCAACAAGCCCCGCCCCUGCAGACAAAGAGGCCCUGCCCCCUGAUCAGCAGCUCCCUCAGGAAGACGGAUCAAAGCCCGGCGACCAAAGUGCCCUCAGCCCCUCCCCUCCAUGCAGCCCCAAACCACCCACCUCUGAUGUCACGCCCACAGGCCCCGCCCCCAUCAGACCACCGCUUCGUGUCGACGGGCUACGUCAGGCGUCCGUCGUCUCCAAAUCCAUGCUGGUUCAGCCCCGACUGCCGCAGAAGAGCUACUCCGUGGUAGGGCCUGCCGCCUGGGUUGAGGCCACGCCCUCGGUGGCCACGCCUCCGAAUCCCAACACCCUCAGCAACGGCUUCAUGCCGGGGGCGGAGCCAGCCAGUAAGACCGCCCACUGCCAAUGAUUUCCUGACAAACAGAGCGGAGACGCUUCACUCUGCUUCAGUUUCACACAAAAAUCCCAGAAAUAACGAGGUUCAGCCUUCCAUUAACUCUAAAAUCAUUUAUUGGGACCCAAUUACACCAGAACCUAAAUAAUCUGUAACAUCCAGAGCUAACAUAACCAGUACAACUCACAUUUCUGUAGCUCUGCAGCUAACAUGCUAACAGAUAUGUCCUCACUGAGGGUUUGUAGGGUACUUUUGCAGCCUGGACAGUUGAGCUGCAGGGUUUCAGUACGAAGGCUGGAGAUGAUUCAGGACGUGAAAAACAAAAAGCACUUGGCCCACAUUAGAAUUUACGAGUGAUUUAAUCUGCUCUUGUUGCUGUGGUAAGAAAAACAACUAGGCGCGUCAAGAAGUGCUGCCACUGGACAGAAAGAAAGGCUUCUCUCGUUUAAACAUCAUUUAGAUUUUCUUAUGACUCUUUCUGUCUUCUAAUAAAUACAGACGUAUUUAGAGAUAAUUGUUAAAACAUGUAAAAUGCUAGUUUUCUAGCUGCAAGCAAAACGACAAAUGUUUUAACAAUCUGAUUCACAAUUUCUCUAUCUGGUAAAUUUGCCAUAUCGCUGGAGAAUUACACCUUUUUCUUU